AUGCCUGUGUUCGGUGAAACAAGUAAAAGACUCUACAGGAACCGAUAUUGUGCUCUGUGCCACUCGGAAAAAUAUAUAUUAUGGGAGAUAGUUUAUGACUGCGAUAAUACAGUAAAUAAAAACCCUGCCAAUAUAAUGAAUAUUAUUGAAAAUGGUAAAUGUCCCAAGCAGAACGCUCCUCCUGAUAAUUUAAAGCCGUAUCUGGUUCCUUGCAUUCCAAGUGUUCGUAAAUGCUCGCCUCUUAUAUUAAAUGAAACAUUGGAACAUCACUGUCAAAAUUUAGCAAGUAAGAACCUUAGAGGAAAGGCCCAAUGUACAUUAGAUAAUAUCUAUACUGAUCAAGGCAUUAUAUGUUGCAAUAAUACUAACAACAAUGAUUUUGGUUUUACAAGCUUACCUUCCUUAACUAUCAUUUUUAAUUAUAAUGCCAAAUAUUUAAUCAUUAAAGAAGUGAAAGACGGUACUGUAAUUGAAACGAAAUUGCCAUUCUGUCCAAAAUAUACCAAUUACGAUAAAAACACAAUGCGUUGUCGCAAGAAUUUUUAUCACCCCAUCUUAAAUUGUACAGCGACCAGAUUGAAGGACUCUGAACAUCAUAUCACUAGUGAUGGUUUUCUCUAUUUAAAUAUUACCCAACUUUGGCUCAAUCAAUCAGAAUUCAGUAUUGAUGAAGAUGGUUUAAGUAUCUGUGUAAAGAAUGAUAACAAUGGAAUAUCAAAAUAUUCCGAAAUUGAGAGCUAUACCACAUUAGUAGGACUAGCAAUCUCUGUCCCAGCUCUAGCAAUCACUAUUAUAGUCUAUCUCUGUAUACCUGAUCUCCGUACCUUACCAGGUAAAUUGCUCAUUAGUCUUUCAUCAGCACUGUUUGUAGCUGAGCUUCUGUUUCUUAUCUCAUCACAAAUUACUACAUCUACAGUGCUGUGUAAAUCUUUAGCUGUUGUCAUGCAUUAUGCAUUUUUAGCGACUUUCUUCUGGAUGAAUGUCAUGUCUUUUGAUGCCUGGCACACUUUCUCAAGGCUUACACAAUUCCGGAGAUCAGAAAAUGAUACCAAGAAACUUGUAUUAUAUUGCUUAUAUGCUUGGAUCUGUCCACUUCUAAUAGUAACAGUGUCACUAAUAUUCGAGUACACACCUGGAAAUCAUGGACUUUCUCCAGAAUAUGGAAUUGGUAAUUGCUGGAUUACAAAUGUAAACAGUUUGCUCUGGUUCAUGGCAAUCCCCGUUAUCAUUAUAUUAUGCCUCAAUAUUAUCGCGUAUAGCAUCACUAUUAGAGAAUUAUAUUUGGCCUGCAAACUUUCUUCAAAAUAUUUAUCAAAACGAAACAAGAAGGUGUUCUUCAUUUACAUAAAAUUAAGCUUCAUCAUGGGUUUAACGUGGAUAUUCGGAUUCCUUUAUGCGUUUACGAAGAUUGACGAAUUUUCUCUACUAUUUUGCAUCUUAAACUCUUUCGUCGGUUUACUCAUUUCUUUGUCAUUUCUCUUAACAAAGAUCGUCUGCCGCAGUUUUCAACAUAUGUUUCUUAAAAUACGAAAAUAUAUCGAUUCCUCAAACGCUGAUCUCUCGACGAUUACUGAAACAAUCUCGACCAAUAUUCAACAUGAAACGUCACUAAAUUAAUUGGAAUUUCUCCAGGAAUACUCUAAACAUCAGACAUUCUAUCACAGUACACAACCUAUUGUAAUAAUAGAUUCUAUAAACUACUCCGUAAAAGUCUCAGACACCACUUACUGCAUUGUAUUUCAGAAUUCUUUACGUUUAUGAUAAUGAUAUAAACGUUAAGAAUUAUAAUAAAAUGCAGAUUGUGAUGACAUUUCUGAUAUCCCUCAACGAGCUUUCGCAUUAGAAACUGAAGCAGAGUUUCCUCUCACUACACAAUUUCACCAAUCUCAGAUUGUCACCCUCUCCAUCAAGCUUUUUUAGAAUGUAUCUAUUGUCAACGAUUUUUAAAUCGACUUCAGUACUUUGAUCUUCUCUUGGGGAUUAAUAACAUUUCUACAAUUAGAUAAUGCUGAAUAUCUAUAAUUUUUCAAAUACUUUUCAUGUUCUGGAUAAAUACAUCUUCGACCACUUUUAUCAUAGAUCUCGUUCAGAAAAAUUCAUCUAUGUGGCUGACACGUACAUUCUCAAGCAUUGGCUUGUUGUCAUGAAACCAUUCUUUUCACAUCACAUGUAAUACUUAUAGCAGAAUCCAGUGAGACUAAAUGUCGUCUGCAUCGCCAAGAAUUUUUGUUAUCUAGGAAACAUGACAGAACGAGUACAGUGAACUUGACGUACAUAAUGGAAUGUCCAAUAUUCUUGUAUGAGUCCUCAAGGUAAAUUUGAACUGAAAUGAAAUAAAAGACAGCUGAACUGCUGGAGUCAACUGCCUCGUUGUUGUCAAACUACAAUGUUUGCAAGACAAAUUUUGAACAUGUGUAUUGACAAAAUUUUUCUUGUUUGGAAAAUGAGAAUGAGAAAAGUAAAAUAGCCGAUGCGUGAUGAAUAUCCAACUUUUCUGUAAACAUUCUGCUUAAAAUAAAUUUGACAGGAGGGAAGUAAAAAAAACAAUAGGGUUUUACAUCCUCUAUUUAAGAAAUUGGUUUCAUUUGGGAACGAACUAACUUAGAAUAUCUUCUGUCUUGUAUUGAACCAUGAUUUUUCAAACUAUAACUAAACUAAACCUAUUUCAAACGUUCCCAUUGUGCAUAUGUUACGUUUAGAUGCAUGAUAAAUUACGUGAUGGGAAUUUGUACAAUUCAUGACUGCUUCGAUAUCAUGAGCAAUCAUAUUCCAUUCGUUAAUUACUACUACUAUUCUAAAUAAUUAUAUGUAUUAUGUCUCAAUAUCAU